AUGAUUACCCUCGCCAUCUUUGAUUUCGAUGGCACUUUAUUCGAUACCCAUGAAUCCAUUUCCCACACCAUUCAAUUGACCUUCGAGGCAUUGCUGCCGGCUCUUGCCCCUCCCUCACCAGCCGAAGUGCAACGCCUCAUUGCAAGCGGCGCGGGUCUGUCCGAUACAUUUAGUGCCCUGCAUCCAUCGCCAUCUGAAUUCACUGCUUCGGUGGAAAACCAAUGGAUCGAAAAAUAUCGCGACCUAUAUGCCACUCACGGGCAACUUCUGAUCAAAACAUUCCCAGGUGCCAAGGAUCUCCUGGAGGCACUCAACGAGGCUGCGGUUCCCGUCGCCAUCGUGAGCAACAAGGGUGUGACGGCAGUCAAGACGGCUCUUGAACGCAAUGGCCUCGUGGGACUGGUUCCUGAGAACUUGAUCGUCGGUGAUAAAACACCGAGAGCCAAGCGCAAGCCAGACCCUGCAAGCUACGUCGAUGUGCUGGUGCCACAAUUGCGAACCCACCACGGAUGGAACGAUAUCGAUCCAGCCCAGGUUCUGGUAGUGGGAGAUACCGUGGCGGACAUUGAGUUUGCCAGAAACAUCGGUAGCAAAGUCUGUUGGUGUCGAUAUGGGUACGGCGAUCAGGGGAUUUGCGAGGCAGCCAAGCCAGAUUUCAUGGUAGACUCUUUGACGGCUGUUUUUGACCUCAUUCAAGCAUGA